AUGUGCCAGCGCCAGCUGCGGUCCCCGCCCGGUGCCAGCUGCCUCGUCCUGGGCGUUUCUUCUAUGGAAGGAGGCAAGUUUGGGAAGGGAAAUUCGGAGGAAGAGGAGCCCUCGUUGGCUGAUGACAGCCUGGGGACGAUUAAGAUCAAAGCACUAGCAGCGCACAGGGUCGGGGACACGGCCCAGCCCCGUGGGGACAGAGGAACAGCCCGCGCCGGUAUCCCCGGGGCCUUUCCGGGGAUUUCCUGCCGGGAGAAGCCGCCCGGGGACAUUCCUGGCGCGGCCGAGCCUCCCUGGGCAGGGUUUGUUUCCCCGGAGCCCUGGAAACGAUCCCCGCUCUGGCCGCAGCUCCCGAGCCAUGGAGCGGGGAGCGGCCGGGGACCCCCGCGGGCUCUGGGGGGCCCCACCGGCCGGGACCCUCCUUGUGCCACGCGGGAUUUGAUGGAGUUGAUGUUGAUUCAGACCUCCCAAAUGCACCAGCUCUUGAUGCACAGCCUGGCCAUGGCAGCUCUGAUGCCCCUCAGUGCAGGGCCAGCCCCAGCCCCCGCCCAGGCGCUGGAAGAGCCUUCGAAGGGUGAGGAGGAAGAGGAGGCCAUGGUUUUCCACCAUCACUACAUCCCCUGGCCAGCACCCCGCCCGGCCCCCGUGCGGUUCCUGCGCUCCUCACCCGGGGGCAGGCGGUGAGUGCAGGGGGGGCAGCACUCCAGGGGACACCAUCCAUCCGUCACUGACCUGUUCCUGCUCCUCUCCAGCAGAGCUGUGCCCCCCCCACCGCCCCCCAGUGCCACGGGCACCGUGGGACCCGGUGUCCCCCCUGCAGCGGGUAAGGACAGCCCGGGGGACACUGUCCCCAUGGCCCCGACAGGAACAACUUUCCCUCAGGCUUCCAUUAC